AUGCGUCUACUAUCAGCGAGAGAUCUUCGUUUCAAAGAGUUCAACGACGACAGAAUCCCAAAAACUGUGGAAAACGCAAACAUUUGGGUCGAUACAUGCUGCAUCGACAAGUCCAGCAGCGCCGAGCUUCAGGAGUCUAUUAAUUCUAUGUACCGUUGGUAUCUGGAAUCUGACGUCUGUUAUGCGUACUUGUCGGAUGUGUCUAUAUCUACCAAUUACGCAGGGCACAGAGGGUCGGCAUCAUCAAAAGUACAGAGAGCCCCUAGAGACUUAAUAUUUUUCGAUGAGGAUUGGAACAUGUGUGGCGAUCGUGUUGAGCUACAAGACGCCAUCCAAGCAGCCACGGGCAUAGACUCAACCAGUCUCAUCAAAGCCUCUCACAAGGAUGGAACAUACUUGCGAUUCAUUCGACUAGGAAGGCUUUUUUCUUGGGCUGCCAAUCGACAGACUACUCGAUAUGAGGAUCAGGCCUAUUCGCUCCUAGGCAUCUUUGACGUCAACAUGCCAUUAUUGUAUGGCGAGAUAGAUAAGGCAUUCUAUCGUCUACAAGAAGAAAUCAUCAAGGUUAACGAGGACGUAUCCAUGCUUGCCUGGAACUAUACAGAGGCUGACGACGGAUUUGCGCCGAACGGUUUGGCCAAAUCCCCCUCACAAUUCCAGAACUAUCAGAAUCUGGCCACAAAAGACAACACCCGAGUUCCGAAAGAAACUGGAGAUCCCUGGUUCUUCCUGUCCUAUUUUGGGAACUACACCUUUGUUGUGGAGCUGGUCGCUCGUAAUGAUUCGAAGCGGAGAUACGUUGUCAUAGUUGACUACUGGUCUGAUGGAACAACUAUAACAAAAUACAUGACUGUCACGGUGGUCCGACGUCGAUGGCACAUCAAUUUAGCAUACGCUCUGGAACUCGCGCAACGCAGACAAACCAGACAGGACUCCAAGUCAUGCAAGCUCCCGGACGAAUAUGGCAAUGGUAUCCCGGCAGGAGAAAUCAUUUUUAUUUCUCAUCUUACCAUUUUAUGGAUUAGCGAGGCUGAGAACAAGCUGAACAAAGAAAUUUCACGUCCCCGCAAGAACCCCGAGAUCAGAACGCUUGGCUCUAUAAAGCCCUUGAGGAACAUCGAGAAUAGUAACCUUAAUUCGAAACUGAGUGAACUGAAAAUCAUGCGACCCAGAAUCCCCCCCUAUGUCCCCGAACGGAGAGUUUUACGUCCUACACCUGUAGCCUUCACGCUAAGCGGGUCAACUAGCAUCCUGUUCAUCUCCUACGGCCGAGAGUUCACUGACGCUGGAGAGCCCUGA